UGUUUCGGUGUUGCUGCUCGGCGUCCUCGUCCCCUUCCGGGGACGGGACACAGCCCGGCCCUCGGUUCGGCUCAGCCCGGGCGGAGGGGCUGCCUGGCCCGGCCGUGCCCCGGGGAAGGGCGGCAGGCGCCGUAGCGAGCUCCUGCCUCUGGGGAUGGUGCAGUCCGCGUGUCGGGCACAGCCGCAGCGCUGAGCGACAGCCAGGCAAAGGCAAAGCGGGCGGCUGGCAGCGCCUGCACGGGCACGCAGUGGGCGAAGGGUACCCCCAAAACGUCCUGAGAACGACCAGGACUCACGUCUGGUUGGUUGGUCUGGGUCUGACAGCUGUCUGAGCUCCGCUUCCGAAGCAGAUGCAGCAUAACAAGCGCAUUGAAAUACUGUUUGUUCCGCGCUCGCUUGCUCGCUGACCUUGCUUCGCUCACUGACAUCUGGUCGGACAGAAAAAUAGCCUGCCGUCUGCCUGGGUGUUUAUAGCAGUUCGGCUCCUUGCGGUGCUGCAACAGCUGCUGGUGCCCCUAGAGUUGGAAAUAGGGCAUGGCUGCUAUUUUGGACUGCACCAGCACUGCUACUGAGUCCUGCUAGGUAAAGCCAGAUUACUAAAAAAAAAUAUAUAUAUAUAUAUUUUGUGAGUGCUCGCCGUGUAGUUGUGAACAUUAAUUAAAAUACAGCCUUGUGUAGAUAUUUGGGUUUCUUAAAGUUUUGAUGAUUCUAUUGUUUGCCUGUUGGUUUUCGUGUUCUAAUUGCUUUGGUGUUCUGAGAAACAAUGUAGCUCAGAUAUCUGUCUCUUAAACGCUAACGCUUACGUGACGUACCUGUCUUAAUCAGGUUUGUUAAUGACAUGUUUGCUAAUAGAGACACCAUACAAGUGACCACUGUCAGGUGGAUUUGAUGUAUGUAUAAGCUGUAAUAAUUACAUGUUGUGACAAGAGCACGUGUAUAGUACAGAACUGAUCUUCAGUGUAUUGCGUACAUUAACGUGAUUUAAAUACUGAGGGCGUUGGAAUAGGCUUUUCUCUUUGCUUUUGUUUCCUAAUUGCUUAGGCCUUCACGUGACUGACUGCAGCAAAGCAGGCUGUGCUCAGGAUCUCGCUGGGUUUUAAUAUCAAAUGCUGAAGUUUGAAAACUGUCUUCUGUCAAGGCAGAAAAAACUUAAAAAUCAGAUAAAAUCCCAGCUUUAAAAUGUUCUGCUCCAGCAGUCCAGAACCUCUGUCUGACCUUGGUUCUGUUCUUUGAUACAUGUAUUUUUUUUCUUUUAGGCAGAAAACAUUAUAGCAAUGAAAAUGAUUUUAGUUGCUGUGUGAUAAAUGAUCAGAUGCCUUUUUUAAGCGAUCUGGUGUAGAGGGGAGCAAAAUUAUAAAGGCAGCAAGUUGCUGUGGUUUGUUUUUCCCUUCCCCUGGAAGCUUCCUGGCAAGUGCUGGUGAGCACCUGCAGCCCUCGCAGUAAGUGCCUGCAGCCGAGCUGUGCGUGCUGCCAUAGAGCCAUACCACUCACAAAGGAGCUGUGGCAGUGCUGCCUCAGUGCCACACGCCGCUCGCAGAGGCAGAAAUCAUGCAAAUGUUCACACGUGCUGUGUUCUGCAUAGCAGCUGCACCGCAGGAUACAGGCAGUCAAGUGUGCGGUCACCUGCUUCCAGUCGCGAUGAAUUAAUAGCAGAGGGAGGCAGAGCAUUCCGCCUGUGGUGUGUGCUCUCCUGCGGGCCUUGGAGGCCCUGCGAGGACGGCAGCCCCACGCAAGUAGCUGACCUGGAAAGACUUGACAUUGGUUGGGUUGCUUGUUUGUUUGUUUGCACGAUCUUGUUUGCUUAAAACUAUAGUUAGUGAGAUUGCAAUGCCCAGAUGUGUUGGGAAGAGGUACUGUGUGGUCUUUGCUGUUGUACUGCCCGUAAGAGCCUCAUUACCACCGGCAGAGAUGGGUGGUACAGGGAAGGAAGCAGGAACUUAACAUUGCAGCCGCAUCUUUAACAGUGGGGAAAAUGUUAUAGGAUAUUUCCCCUCAAGGAGAUGGGAGGCAUGAGCGGAAAUGAAAGAAAAAGGGUCUUUUUUUGUGAAGUAAAGGAGUCUGAUCCGAAGGUGAAUUCAUCUGUUUAUUGUAAGGAAAGUUUGAAAGUUACGGUGAUAAACAUGUGGUAUUUGAGAGCAGCGUGGAGGAAAGGGGGUGUGGGGUGCUGUAAGGCAGACCCAGGGAGCAGUGCUGCGCGGUGAUGGCUUUCAGAGCACAAGGAAUGCAGGCUUCUUCCUCUGUCUGUGAAGGCACGGGGCAUGGCAGGACAUGCCACAGGGCCCCUCGGGCAGCUGGGGCAGUGGCUGCUCUGAGCACAGUCAUGGAAAUACCUCCACUCCGAUGCUGCUGGCUGCUCGGCCUUACCUUUUCUACGCUGGCAUUCUUAAAGUGAAGCGUUAAGCAUCUUAAAAUAUGGUGGUCACACUGCUUUAGCUGAGACUUCACCAGUGCCAAUGCAAAGAAGGAUCCGUGUUUCAGAGUGAUGUUGGAGUUUUUUUGUCUUUCUGCAGUAACAACAUAUCAGCUUACCAGGCUUUGAUCCAUGGUAUCAUCACGGUUUGGUUUGUGCAGCACAGCUGCCGAGUCAGCUGCUUUGUGUUGCAUGUUUGGAUCUCUGUUUCCUUUCUCAAGUAUAAAGCUGUGCUCUUGCUUCUAUUGAACUUCGGUCUAAUGACUUCAGAUCGCUUCGCCUGUUUAUUGAGCUUGGAGGACAGAACCAGAAUUCACAGCAGAGCACUCGCAGGCUCUUCCAGUUCAGCUUUGUUCAUAAACUGUAUAAACACACUGUUUCACCAUCGGAGUUAAUGAAAACAUUGCAUAAUGUCAGGGUGAUAGCAUACUGCCAAACUCGGAUGGCUUGUUUUGUACUCUUAAAGUACACUUGGUGCACAACUGGAAAAAAUCUUGUGGUUUAGAUGAAUCUACAGCGCAGUGGUAUUUGACUGUGGGAAUGUCACACAACAUCAACAAGUCCUUGCUACGGGCUGCAUAGCUCUGAGCUGCUGCUCCCCCGCCGCCCCCAGCCCUGCAGGCAUGAUCAGUUACAGGAGGACAGGCUUGUUUGUCUUUCAGCUCUUUGUGGCUGGUUUUAAUCACCUUAUUCUAGCCUUUUCUUACUUAUUACCUCGCUUUGUUUCUUCCUCUGCUACAUUUUCUUUGUGUAGAAACGAUUCUAUUUUUCACUUACAAACCAAGCAAAGUGCAGUUAGCUUAUACUUUGUGAAGCAUCACUUCCCUCCUUGAGACUAUCCUGACUGAGCGAAAUGGCAUUCUCCAUUCAGGAAAGGAGCAGUCAGUCUGAACGUUGCCUUUUCUCCUUCCUUUUUUGCAAGUCAAACUCAGAUAUGUGCCUCUGGCUCUGUUUGUAGCGAUCUGGGCAGACUGUCUUCACCUUGUUUCGUGAUUUGUUAUGGGAAGAGCUUGAUCUUUGAUUAAACAGAAGUCUGCUUGCUACCUUGUGUUGGAAACGUAUCUGAUGGAGUUCUGGAUUUAUCUGUGAGGAACGCUGGAAGAGAAAAUAAACUGAGAAGUUGAUUUAGAUGUUCUUUCUCCUCAGACUUGCAGGAGGAGGAACGUGGGGGCAUGUCCAGAGGCGUGAGGGCCGUGAGCUGAACUGCGUGCUCGGGGUGGUGGAGCUGGUGGUGAGGUCAGGAGGUCAGGUCGGGUCAUCAGCUAUAAAGAAGCAGACUUAUUUCUGUGGCCUGUGUUAACUCUGUGGAGUAGUAUUUUAGUGCUCCGUAUUGCUCUGUGAUAGAGAUGCUUCAAUUUUAUAAUAUCUUCUCGGGGAAAUGUCACCAAGCACUUAAAUUUUCUAGUGGUGAAGUGACGCAGCCCGUAAACAAAGUAAUGAACUGGAAAUGAGGUACUUCCUGCUCAGCAGAGCUGUCAUCCCCAAAGCGUUCCAGCCACGCUCCCGGCUCGGCCGCUGCAGGUGAGUGCAGGUGGGGUGGCAGUGAGCUGGCUGCCGCCGCUUCCUGGCCCCCGAGGAAGCAGUGCGGAGCUGUGCUGUGCUCCAGCACGUCCUGAACACUGCGAGCCGGGCAGCAGCGGGGGCAGGAAAGGGUGGGUAUGUGCCUGCUUUUCCUAUGGAGAUUACUUUCAAAUAAAACAGCUUAUUCCUGAAAAGAAAUGAAAACUGUUCAGGAUAAAACAAAUAAACCGUGUGCAGCUGACGCUUCUGGCUGUGUUCUUCACUGAAAUUAGAGGCUCUGUCCUUCCAGGUGAGCUGCUGGGGCUGAAGCUUACUAGAUGGGAUUUCAGUUGUUAAGAAACCAUUAUUGGACCUGAGGUCUGUGAGUUUCUAAAUGUUUUUAAAAGUAAGCUAAUGUUUAUAAAUACGAAUUCUCGUGAGAGUUGAGAGCUUGUUGCCAAAUGAAAUACUGCUUCUUAAAAUUAGGAAUCUUCCGUGAAAAUGUAACAGAAGAGAACAAGGCAGCUAUAUAACAUGUAUUUCAAUAACUUGCUGUACCUCACUGUUUACAAAAAGGUUUUGUUAUUUUGACAAAUGUCUGCCAAUAGCAACUGUUAAAUGGUGGUAAAAUAGGCAUAGCCUUUCACUUUAGCAGCAACAAGUUUCAGACACCGGUCAAACAGUUACUAGCAGCUCUUUUAGUCAAAUAGGUCUUCUAGUUCAUCUGCAGUGACAGCUUUAAUAAAUACUCUUUCUGUCCUGAUAUGAUACUUAAAAAGUAUUAGCUUUAGAUGCUAUGGGUGUCUCAGGUAUUGUCUUUCAAGGUGAUGCUAAGUUCAGUCUUUGCAGGUCAUUUAUAUUUAAUAUUUAGGCAGGAUAUUUUAUUAUUCUUAAGUUUAAGAUGUCUUAGAUGUGCACAUACAAUGGCAUGGUUGCCUUUGAACCACUGCAUGCAGAAACUUCAUGUGUGAGUAGGCAAUAAAGCUUGUCUGUAAACCUAGGUGAAUGCAGAUGCAGUUGGACUUUGGAAGGCUUCACGCUCAUUAUGGAGUCCUUUUUCUGCUUGUCCCUUGCAGGAUGGAUAUAGCUACAAGUGCACAGCCAGGUUUUCUUCUGAGGUAUGAUUAAAAACAUCCUUUUGAAAUAAAGAAAACUUAUCUGAAGUAAGGCCUCUCUGCUUGCACAUGCGACACGUCAUCUGUUUCACAUUCUGCACCCUCUGAAGUUGAGGAUUUUUUUCCAUUACAAAUGCUGGAACCAGCAAUGGAUACUUUAGAUGAGUACUUUGAGUAUGAAGCUGAGGAGUUCCUGGUCUCCUUGGCCUUGCUGAUCACCGAAGGUCGGACACCCGAACACUCGAUAAAGGGCAGAACCGAGGGCUUUCAUUGUCCUCCAGCGCAGUCAAGUCAGCCACCAACAACUAAGCAUGAAUGCAGUGACAAGCUGGCUCAGUGUCGUCAAGCCAGGCGAACCAGAUCUGAGGUUAUGCUACUGUGGAAAAACAAUACUCCAAUCAUGGUUGAAGUGAUGUUACUUCCAGACUGUUGCUAUAGUGAUGAAGGGCCUAACACAGAGGGGAACGAUUUAAAUGAUCCUGCAAUCAAACAAGAUGCGUUGUUGUUAGAAAGGUGGAUUUUGGAACCAGUUCCUCGACAAAGCGGAGAUCGAUUCAUUGAAGAGAAGACACUUUUGUUGGCUGUUCGCUCUUUUGUUUUCUUCUCCCAGCUGAGCGCGUGGCUGAGUGUUUCACAUGGUGCUGUUCCCCGUAACAUUCUGUACAGGGUGGGUGCUGCAGAUGUGGACCUGCAAUGGACGUUCUCCCAGACACCAACGGAGCAUGUCUUUCCUGUUCCUAAUGUUUCUCACAAUGUGGCCUUGAAAGUCAGUGUCCAGUCCUUACCCAGACAAUCAAAUUACCCAGUUUUGACCUGUAGUAUUCACACCAACCUUAGCUAUUAUGAAAAGCAAAUGAAGGAGCGUAAGUUACAUCAGCACAGUGAAUCCAGUGCAGCAGAACUGUGCAGUACCUCCAGUCCGCAGCGUGUCUGUGGGAAACAAGCGUGGACAAUGACACCUGAAAGCUUACUUAAUGUAAAAAAGACACCUGAAUUUACUUCCUCUAUCAGAAAUUUAAAGCUUUAUCCGUCUGCUGGUCUUGGAUCUGAUUUUGCAGCGUCACAAUCGAAAGUUCAGUGCUAUAAUGCUGCAGCAGACAGUAAGACGCAAUCUCACGAAACAGCUGUUCGAACUUUUAAAUCCUUUUCUUUGAUUGAUUCCCGUGUUUCAAAUGGUCAUUGCUCUCAUCAGUCCACAGGAGAAACCAAUCCUUUGAUAGGCUCCUUACUUCAGGAGCGACAAGAAGUCAUUGCGAGAAUUGCUCAACACUUGAUUCACUGUGAUCCAGCUACUUCCCCAGGGGUUGCUGGACGUCCCUUCAACAUACACGAAACCAGCACAGCUACACCAAAAGCUUAUCGAAGUACUUAUGAAGAUGAAAGCUUGCUGAGGAAAGGCAAGGAAACCUCACCUGUUCCUACUGUCAAUUUAGAUAAUGCAAUACAAGAAGAUGGUGGUGAAGGCAAAACUAGAGCAAUACCAGAAAUCCCACGGCUCGAUCCUCGUGCUCCAGCGAACCACUGUGGCCGUCCACCUGCAGGAGAAGGUAACCCUCUCAUUGACUCUCUGCUCCAGGAGCGGCGGGAGGUUAUAGCAAGGAUUGCCCAGCACUUGAUUCAUUGUGAUCCAGCUACUUCUCAUGUCAAUGGUCGUCCAUUCAAAGUGCAUGAGACUAGCCCAGUUACUUCAAAAAUUUUCCGAAGUACAUAUGAAGAUGAAAAUUUGCUGAAGAAAGUCAAGCAACCAUCUUCUGUUUCUUUUGCUAAAUCCAGUUUUUCUCUGCUCGAAGACAGCAGUAAAUCAAGGUUCAAAACACCUGAUACUCCGAUCAGUCCUAGGUUUGAUGGUGAAUCAAAGGCUUCUCUGAAACUUCAAGCGAGAAGAAAAUUGGUGUUAGCAAAACCCAGUGAAGCUGUCCAAAAUGCAUUUCAUCAGACUUCAAAUAAGACUUCUCAUUCAUUUACUAACAUGCACACAUCAUCACCAUGUGUUAAAGAAAAUAAAUCUGAAUUGCCGGAUAAAUUGGAAAUGAUGCAUUCUGAUUAUGUGCAGAAAGACCAGGUAACCAAUAGAAUUAAACAGUGUUCAAAUUUUAGCAGCGUUGAUGAACAGGUUUGCACAAAUAAACUUAAAGAAAGAAUGAUUGUUAGUGAGAGCAGCAACAUGGGCACUUUUAACAAUUUGCAGAUAGAUAAAUGUAGACUACUUGAAGGUACAAAAAAAGCAACUGUGAUGCAGGCAUCUGACUCUUUGCACAAGAAUGAACUCAAAUGUUCAGAUAAAGACUCAAAGAAAUCAAGUAUUUAUGAGCAAAAUACCCAGCUUAUUAGUAUUGAAAAUUAUUUAAAUAAAGACCAUGACAAUUUCAAAAAUAAAAACAGACAAGAUAAAAUGAAAGCUGCACAUGAUGAGAAUGAAGAGCCAGUAGGCCUUGAUUUCCAAAGCACUUCUCAGAAGAAGUCUACAGAAGACGGCUCUAUUAGGUGUGAGCGGCUGAAGAACCCAGAUGUGCAGAAAGCACCAGCUCUAAAACACACAAAUAUAUGGCGGAAACACAAUUUUCGGUCCUUGGAUGGAACUUCAACCAAGGCUUUUCAUCCCCGAACUGGGUUGCCUCUGCUUUCAAGUCCUGUUCCUCAGAGGAAAACACAGUCUGGGUGCUUUGAUCUGGAUUCAUCACUGCUGCAGUUGAAAUGUUUGUCUGCAAGAAGCCCACAACAAUGUAUAAACAGAGAGAGUGAUCCAGAGAGCCAUGGGAAACCAUUUCUAAGUUCUAGUGCUCCACCAGUAACAAGUCUUAGCCUUCUGGGAAACUUUGAGGAGUCCGUCUUGAAUUUUCGCUUAGACCCGCUAGGCAUCGUCGAGGGCUUCACAGCAGAAGUGGGAGCGAGCGGGGUCUUCUGUCCCACUCACAUGACUCUCCCUGUUGAAGUGUCAUUCUACAGUGUUUCAGAUGAUAACGCACCCUCUCCUUACAUGGGUGUAAUUACUUUAGAGUCCCUUGGUAAAAGGGGUUAUCGGGUACCGCCUUCAGGAACGAUACAAGUGACCUUAUUUAACCCUAACAAAACUGUGGUGAAGAUGUUUGUGGUGAUCUAUGACUUGAGAGAGAUGCCAGCUAAUCAUCAGACAUUCCUACGGCAAAGAACUUUCUCUGUUCCUGUGAGACGAGAAAUCAAGCGGACUGUCAAUAAAGAAAAUAGCCAACAGACUGAAGAAAGGCUACUACGCUACCUCAUACAUCUGAGGUUCCAGAGUUCUAAAUCUGGAAAGAUCUACCUCCACCGAGACGUUAGGCUCCUGUUCUCUCGGAAGUCCAUGGAAGUUGAUAGCGGCGCUGCGUAUGAACUCAAAUCUUACACUGAAUCUCCAACAAAUCCUCAGUUUUCCCCAAGAUGUUAGCAAACAAUGGCAAACUGAAGUAUUUGUUUUACUGUUGAUUACUCCUUACGAGAGAAAAUUGGUGAAGCUGUAUAAAAUUAAAUCUGUAAAGGAAUGAAAAUAGCGCUCGAGAGAGAAGGUUCUUGUGUGAUCCCGGACCAGUUUUGUAACAGGUUUCUGGAAUGAGCUUUGUGUAUUCCAUGUAGACUGGAAGCGUACUUCUAAUCUUUUUGUACUGUUUAAAACCACUUCAUUGGAUGUGUUGCAAUAGCAAUUUCCUAAGUUAGUUUAGUGUUUACACUUUUUAUUUUAUUUUUCAGUUAUUUAAUAUUUAAUGUUUCAUUUAAUACUCAAGUGAUGUUUGUCUUUAGUGUUCUAAUGUAGCAUAAAUCCUAUGUAAAAUCAUACUAUGUAUUUUUGGCAUUAAUAUUGAAGUCUGAAAUAUAUACAGAUGUCUUUAAUCUGUGUGAUGUUUUAAGUGAUAUUCAUUUAAGUUAUUGAAAAUGGGGACAACGGCUAAAUUUCCGUAACAUUUCAUACUAUGCAAGCAUUCGGCUUUCUUUUCUCUCUUUAACGGUUCCCUUUUUGCUUUUUCCUCUCAUACAGACUUAAUAACACUUGCGACCAUAGUGUGGGAUGUUUGUUCGCUUACCCAUGCAUUCAGAUCCUUGAUUCGGUUCGUGUUUAGCUCCCUCCAUUUCUUUCUUUCCUAAAGAGCCGCUUUGAUUUUGCUGUCUGUUGGUGUUUCAUACGAUUCCCACCUUCCACACUUGAUUUCUCAGAUUGUGCUGAAGGAUGUACUGUGCAAACAAAUUAGCAUUUAUAUCUUAAAUAUAUGCAAAAGCUAUGGAACAUGUACUUUGUUUUAUUUUUAGAUAAGGAGGAUCUUCAUGUAAUCCUAAAUAUUUUUAAUAGGUCAGUUCCAUGUAGGCCACUAGGUGGCUAUAUGAAGUUUUACUAGAGAUGCUAUGUUGGGCAUAUAAAAGCUUUCCAAUACGUGUAUUCCUAAAACAAAUCACAGUCAGAUAAACAGUUUAUGCUAAGUGUUAAACUGUGUAACUGAGAGAAAUAAAGCUAGAAGCAUUUGAUUAUA